UCUGCCCCUCAGAUCAUCACGGGAAGCGGAGCUGCACCGACGCUCUGCUGCAGCUGGAUUCUCACGCUGAAGCAGCAUCUGAUCCACAACGAGCAACCAGCAAGACGGCGUCCUGUUCGGUGUGAUGGGAAAGACGCGCAUCAUAAAAGCUUUGGUUCUUCUGCUGCUCUUCAUUCUGCUGCAGCUGGAGACGGGAAGCGGGAAGGUUUUAGAGGAGACUUACCUGAAGUGGCUCCAGUACAAACAGGACUGCAUCAAAAUGAUGCAAACCGAGCCGCCGCCUCAAGAGGGUUUGUUCUGCAACCGGACGUUCGACAGAUACGCCUGCUGGCCUGACGCUGCUGCAGGCUUCAUGGUCAACGUUUCCUGUCCUUUCUACCUGCCCUGGUUUCACAAAGUGUCUCAGGGAUCGGUGCGUAGGCGUUGCGGGUCCGACGGACUCUGGGAGACGGACGAAGGCGGCCAUGUGUGGAGGGACAUCAGCGAGUGUGAGGAGGAGGAAGAGGCGGCGUCCCAGGAGCUGUGGGCGAAGCAGCUGAUGGUGGGCUUCAGGACCCUGUACACCGUGGGAUACUCGCUGUCCUUGUCGACACUCAUCAUGGCUCUGAUCAUUGUUCUGAGCUUCAGGAAACUCCACUGCACCAGAAACUACAUCCACGCCAACCUGUUUCUGUCCUUCAUCCUGCGAGCCGUGGCGGUCAUCGUUAAGGACUCGAUGCUGGACCGCCACUUGGGGAGAGAAAUCGUCAGACACGCCGACGUCACCGAGAUGCUGAGCCACCAGGCUGCCAUCGGCUGCCGUGUCGCACAGGUUAUGAUGCAGUACUGCGUCUUGGCCAACCACUACUGGUUCUUUGGAGAGGCCAUAUAUUUGUACUCUGUUCUCAUUUCCUGUGUGUUCAUCGACAACAACAAAUACCUGCCGUACCUCUGCCUGGGCUGGGGCACCCCUCUGCUGUUUGUGGUUCCCUGGGCGGUGAUGAAGGUCCUGAAGGAAAACAAAGAAUGUUGGGCCGUGAAUGAGAACAUGAACUACUGGUGGAUCAUUCGCUUCCCCGUCCUCUCAGCCUCUCUAAUCAACUUUCUGAUUUUCAUGAAGAUCCUGGGGGUGAUAUUUUCCAAACUACGGGCCAACAUCCACAGUCGAUAUCCAGAUUACAAACUACGACUGGCCAAAGCUACCCUCACCCUCAUCCCUCUGUUCGGGGUCCAUGAGGUGAUUUUUAUUUUCGCCACAGAUGAGCAGACGACAGGGCUGCUGCGCUACAUUAAAGUAUUUUUCACUCUGUUCAUCAGUUCAUUUCAGGGGUUACUGGUGGCGGUUCUCUACUGCUAUGCUAAUAAGGAGGUGCAGACAGAGCUGAGGAGGAAGCUCCGCAGCUGGAGGACAGAGACGGAGAUCUUACGCCAUGCACAGUGACUAGCGGUGCUUGAAUCUCGAGGUGAGACUUUCUCCAUCGCCACCGUUCCGGAUCACAACAGAUCCCCCAUGUCAGCAACCAGAGCAAAGACAGACAGAUCCUCAAACCCUGGGAACUCACAGACUGUUGGAUGCAACGUUUGGACAACUCCUCCACAAGCUGAUGAUUUGUUGAAGCAAUCACCUCCAGCAGCAACCAAAGAAAAGACCAUGCAGCUCAGGGUUGAGAAGGAGAAGGAAGAAUCAUCUGCAGAAAUGCAGGUGUCUUUCCUCGUUCACCUGAAAGACCCUGUAGAGUUGCUGCCACAUGCUGUUAACACAGACUCAGACUGAAAACAUUAUUUUUCGGCAUAUGUUUUCAUUUACUAUAUUCUAACAUAAAUAUACAUACCUGCAAGCAUUUCAUAUUUGAUAUCUUAUAUUUAAAAUUCUUAUUUAAGUCUUUAUUUAUUUUUGUUAA